AUGUCCGGAGACAUUGAGAAGAUGCACCAGCAAUUUGAGAUUCAUCCGCAGGACAGAUUCUUGAAACAAAUAUCAAAUCAUCCGGGAGUAGUAGAAGACUUAGUGGAGACAGGAAAAGAAGCUAAACUAAAAUUGGACUUAGAAAAAACGACUCGAACGUUAGUAAUAUCCUGGAAUUCGAAGGAAGACACCCUGAUUUACGAGGUAAAUACGAGUAGCAUCGAAUGUCAAACCGUUACAAAACGUACAGUCUUGUCGCAGGUAGCUCAACUUUACGAUCCGUUGGGUCUUUUAGCACCGGUAGUAAUACUAGCAAAGAUAAAAUUACAAGAAAUGUGGAAACUCAAGGUAGACUGGGAUGAUCCUGUUCCGAAAGAAUUGGAAACAUUAUGGAUCGGUUAUCAGUCACAGCUAUCAUCGCUCAACGAUUGGAGUAUAGACAGACUAGUAGAGACUUCGGGAGCAACGAAUAUCCAACUUCAUGGAUUUUCGGAUGCUAGCAUGAAAGCAUAUGGAGUCUGCAUCUAUCUAAGAGUGACAGCAGACGAAAAAUAUAAGUUUAUCUUAGUCUGUGCGAAGUCCAAAGUGGCACCAAUCAAAGUUGUGCCUUUGCCGAGGCUCGAGUUAUGCGGUGCAGUCCUGUUGGCCAAACUGUACAAAACGGUACAGGCAGCACUAAAAAUAAAGAUUGAUUCAAUAAGAUUCUGGAGUGAUUCGAUGAUCGUCUUGGGAUGGAUUCGAUUCUUCCCUUAUCGUCGAGAAAUCUUUGAAGCAAAUAGAGUUGCGGAAAUCCCAGAAUUAACAAAGACCUGA